CGAACAACUAAUGUCACUUCCGGUAGCCAUCUUUGAUGUGGUAAUCCGCAUGUCAGGUGCUCUGUGGUGCGCAACACAGCGUUUGCUUUCGGCUAAAGUGUAAAGCGAAAAAGAGUGCAUGGAGACUUUCCAGAUAUCUAUCCAAAUGGGCAAAUGCUGUGAAACAGUAGCCUGCUAAAAGCGACUGGAGAGAAAAGAGAGAACCAUCUAGAGACAACAAAUUCCUUCAUCAGUUAAUAAAAGAAUUUUGAUUUCUACAUUGAGUGACCCAUCUUUGUCCUCGGUUUUCUCUCCUUCCGUCUCAUCCUUCGGUCCGGCUGAGGUGAGAGCUGGGCAUCCAUGGAGUGAGCUGUAAAUGGCUGAGGACCUGUGUACCGGCUGGUUUCGCAUCGUUGCAGGUACAAUAGGCUCCUUGGAGAUAGAGGAAUGCAAAUCUGCAACCAUGAUGGAAGGAUUGAAAAAACGUACCAGGAAGGCCUUUGGGAUACGGAAGAAAGAGAAGGACAAUGACUCCACGGGGUCGCCAGACAGAGACGGGGGUGAACCCCAAGAGGUUGAUUCGAAGAAGUCAAACGGGACCGCCAAUGGCUUCUACGGAGAAAUUGACUGGGACAGAUAUAACUCGCCCGAGGUGGACGAUGAGGGCUACAGCAUCAGGCCUGAAGAGGAAUCGGAGGAAGGAGCACCUACCACCAAAAAACCCCACUUCUUCUCUUCGGACGAGUCCGAGGAGGAGGAGGACCACAGGAAAAAAUUCAAAAUCAAGAUCAAGCCGGCGGAUCGUGUCGUGUCGGUGCCCUCGGUGGACGAGCUGAAAGCCUCAAUAGGCAACAUAGCUCUGUCCCCAUCCCCUAUGAGGAGUCCGAGACGUAGCCCGGGUUUGAAAAGGAACCCAUCCAGUGAAGAGAUUGCCAGACCGAGACGUGUCGUUCCUACUGUACCCACAGUGGCCCCUGCACCAGCUCCACUACCACAGCCCCCCAGCAGUCAACAAGCACCAGUCCCUGAAGACACCACAGCCUUAUUUGGGCCUCCUUUGGAAACAGCCUUUGGAGAACAGAAAACUGAAGUGGUUCUGUCUGAGUCUGAUGUGUGGGGGCCUCCUCUGUCAGAGCCCGAAUCCUCUUUGACAAGAUCCUUCCCCACAGGCACUCCACCUCCACUUCCACCCAAAAAUGUCCCAACUUCUCCCCCGGCGACAUCCCCUGUCUCUGCAGAUGAUGCUGAAGCGUCGACAGAAGCCGAAGCCGCUGCCAGGAAGCCCUCGAUAGCCGACCUGGACAACAUCUUUGGUCCGGAGCAGGACGCCUCUACUGUGGAGGACACGGGAGACUCGUGGGUUUGCUUCAGCCAGGAGUCUCCCGACCGGCCCCCUCUACCAACGGACGCCGCGCGCCCGCUCCCCUCCUCCCCGCCUCCACCCGAGGAACCAGCACCCCCAUUACCAGCCUCUCCUCCUCCUCCACCCGAAUCUCCCGCCCCGCCCUUGCCUACAUCACCACCUCCUCAAGAAGACCCCGCUCCCCCUCUACCGACCUCCCCGCCUCCCUCCGAGGAACCCGCUCCUCCUCCAGUCCGUUCAGGUCCUCCCACACCCGUCGACCAAAACCCUUGUACGCUCGCCUCUUCUCCGCCCCCUGCCCCGAAGGAGCUUGCAUCUCCUCCCGCAACCUCCCCUCCUCCUCCCCUCGAUUCACCAGCCGCUGUCCCACCAGCCCCGGCCCCCAAAGCAGACACGCCUCCGGCGGUGACUCCCCCUGCUGAGGCGGCACCCGCAGCCCCCUCCAUCCCACCGCCCCUCGUCCUUGCGCAAGAGGAGCAGCCCAAGAACACAGACUCCUCCCAUCCCAAAGAGGACGGAGGUGAAACGGUUACCUCGCCCAAAGAUGCUGGCCAGGGGAGUCGGAGUACGCCUCCGCCGCCUCCUCCCCCAACAUAUCGCGCGGUGGUUUCAUCACCUGGUCCCACGUCCGGGACGAACAGCGGUUCGUCCUCACCGGUACGACCUGGCACUCCCUCAUCGGUCAGCCCCACCCCGCCUCCACCUCCACCGCGCCCACCCUCACGACCCAAACUUCCUCCAGGGAAACCCACUGUGGGAGAUGCGAAUCGCUCAUUCAGCCCUCCGAUCCACUCGGCGAGCCCCCCUCCCAUCGCUCCGCUGGCGCGGGCCGAGAGCACCUCCUCCAUCUCCUCCACCAACUCCCUGAGUGCCGCCACCACCCCCACUGUCGGCAAGGAGCUGUCCGUGUCUGUGUCAGAGAAUGACCAGCCAUCCCUUGUAUGGUUUGACAGAGGGAAGUUUUAUUUAACCUUUGAAGGCUGCUCCCGAGGGCCCAGUCCUCUGACGAUGGGGGCCCAGGACACGCUUCCUGUGGCCGCUGCGUUCACAGAGACGGUCAACGCCUUCUUUAAAGGAGCCGACCCCAGCAAGUGCGUUGUGAAGAUCAUAGGUGAGAUGGUUUUGUCGUUUCCGGCGGGAAUCACUCGGCACUUUGCCAAUAACCCGUCCCCCGCCGUGCUAACCUUCAGCAUAACAAACUACAGCCGACUGGAGCAUGUGCUGCCUAACCCCCAGCUGCUCUGCUGUGACACCACCACACAACCUAAGGCCGAUUCCAGGGACUUCUGGGUGAACAUGCCAAACCUGAUCUCCCAUUUAAAGAAGGUGGCAGAGCAGAAGCCACAGGCCACGUACUAUAACGUGGACAUGCUCAAGUAUCAGGUAUCGGUGCAGGGCCUCCAGUCGAUUCCUCUGAACCUGGCGGUGAGCUGGAGGUGUGAGCCCACCAGCACCGACCUGAGGAUAGACUACAAAUACAACGGAGAGGCUAUGUCGACGCCGAUGGCUCUGAACAACGUCCAGUUCCUCGUCCCCGUCGAUGGAGGCGUUUCCAAACUGCAGGCUGUCCUCCCUCCUGCAGCAUGGAAUGCAGAGCAGCAAAGAAUCCACUGGAAAAUCCCUGAUAUCUCACAGAAAUCUGAAAACGGAGGUGUGGGAUCAUUGUUAGCACGCUUCCAGCUAACAGAGGGUCCCAGUAAACCGGCUCCACUGGCGGUGCAGUUCACCAGCGAGGGCAGCACCCUGUCAGGCUGUGACAUUGAACUGGCCGGGCCGGGCUACCGCUUCUCCCUCAUCAAGAAGAGGUUUGCCGCAGGAAAAUACCUGGCGGACAACUGACCUGCGUUAGUCACCGAGAGCUUCACUGUUGAACUAAGCGACUGCAGUGGGCCGAGGAGGACGCCGUGGAGGACACCGAGGAGGACAGAGGACAGACCGACAACCAGGCAGACCCUCCAUUAACCUUUUCUGAACCCAGACAACAGGUCCGCAGCCUACCCAGCAGUAUUGUAUAACUUAUACUAUAGCAUCGUGGAGCUGUUUUAGGUCAUGUAAUUAUCGUAUUUGUAUUCAUUUCAUAUAACAUCCGUAUUGCUGCAGUUAAGACAUCUGGGUUCUCCUCUAAAGUCUCUGCCUCUGUCUCCAUCCUCCACUGGUGUGGUGUUUUGUUUUGUUUUUUUAAGUUUCACUGCAGCUGCCUGACCAAUGGAGGGAAAGAGUAUCAGACAGAUAUUUUUUUUGUUUUUGUUUGUUUUUUGUCCUCAGCGCAGAAACAUUUGUUGCCCGUGAAUAUAUCGUCAGAUAAGACCUUUGCGGUCAAACAUGCACCUCAACUCCUAUCACGUCUAAAGUUAAGACAAGGAAGGAAGUGUUGAAGCAGGGCCAAGACAGUAUAUAUAUAUAUACUAAGUUGUUCACCUUCAUUUGCACAUAAUAAACACACACCUGUAUGAGUAAACCUUCUGUCAGGGUCCAGGUUUAAAAACCUGAGGGAGCUGGACUCACUGUUUUGCACUGACGGCAGCCAGAACUGCUUUACCAUCGCCAUCGUUAUGAAAAAUAUUAGUUAGUUGAUGAUGAUCUAAUCCGAAUCGAGUAUAAAACUACACGUCCAAGCAUUGCCUACUGGUACUACAGGGUCACAUGACUUUGCAUCCCCCUUAUUAAUAUUAAUUAAUCACUGGAGCUGUUACUUUAUUUCCCCAAAACACACACACACACACACACAGAUGGAGAUUUAUUACUAUUAUUAUUAUUAUUAUUUUUUUUUGUGCACGUUAGGCAGCUGCAAUGACAAGUCAGUUCACUGGUUGCAAAAUAAGAAAAACACGUUUUCCCGUCAGAACAAAAGAAGUGUACAAAGUGUCAUUUUAAAUCAAUACUAUGUAUCUUAAAGGGCGUUUGGUGUUUUCCUCGUAUUGUCAGAUAGCCUUUCUGUUGUUCCCCCUCCCCGGGGACAGCGGUGUUUAGACUCCAGAGUACACGACAGCAUUCUAUUUUUAUUUAUUGAUGACGAUGAUUUGUUGUAUAAAACAUGUGAUUCUGUAUAUGAAUAGAAUUUGAAUGGUAUCACACGACUCAGAAACCCUUAAAGGUAUAAAUAUUUGAAUUCUCUCUCUUCUUUUUUUUUUGUUAUCUGUGUAGUUAAGUAACCUGUGUACAGUAUAAGGUAUAAUUUUUGAAUUUAUUUCAGAUAUAAUUUUUUAACUCAAGUGCAACAGAAGAAUUGAGCUAUAUAUGGGUUUGGGGAGGGGGUAAUUUAAAGAGAAAAAAAAAAAGAUAAAUAUCUUCCUGGAUGCUGUGUUAUGCUUUGUGAAAGCAGUGUUAAUGUAGAGUUAGCUUUACCAUGGGCAAGGUUCACACUUGAAAGAGAUUGUUUGGCAUUUUUGGAAGAUGCACUUCUUUGUCAAGGUCUCUCUUACAUAUAUUAGCUUAGCUUAAAGAGCGGAAGUGGCUAGCUUGGAAGCUAAACUAAAACGAGUUAGCAAAAACAUUUCAACCCUAAUUUAAAAAAAAACAAAACAAAAAAAACACAAGCUAUACUUGUAAUUAAAAAGUUGUGAUUGGCUCAUUUUAGCUCGCUAACAUGCUAAAUGGAUAAGUUCUUAUAAUUAUCCUUUUAGCAUAAUGAGCAUUAUUAGCACACCUCCAUUAGCAUUUAGCUCAGACUAAGAUCCUGACUACAGCAUGGCCUCAAAUAGAAGCUUCCAGCAAAGCUAGUCGCUCGCCUCUGAUUACACCCUUAAUGCUAAGCUAUGCUAAGCUAACUUCACAUUCAACAUGUAUUCGAUUGAGUCCUGACAAGAGAGUGUGCAUUUCCUCCCAAAAUAUCAAACUAUUCCUUUAAAUAAAACGACUACAAAAAAACAGUUUUUCUCCAACCGUGGUUAUGAAGUUUGGUCAAACUCUCACUGGAGCAGGAUUCGUUUACCGGGACCAGCUUGUUUUUUUUUUUUUUUAAACCUCAUCGUGACAAAUCGGAAAGAAAACACUGACCCACAUUCUCAUCUCCUUCGACGACCUUCAGUUCCUCCGCUCCUCCAUCUUUCUCACCUGUUUCCAUUCACCUCACUGGUACCUAAACCCCCUGAAUAUAUCACAAACGCACCCCUCCAUCAUCCAGCCAGCCCGCGCUUGAAUCCAUGGCUUUAUUUUGCAUAAUCGUAAUGGUCUCUGUGAGAUGACAUGAUUUGAAUGAGGUCGUGAAGCAAGGUUAAGUUGACCAAAAUGCUUUUUUUUUUCUUCUUCUUCUUUUUUUUUUUUUCGUUUGUUUGUUUUGUAUUUUACGUGUGUGUACCCCGGACAGUCAGUCCACUGUUAAGGAGAAUAAGCUGAAUAUUUUUAAAAUGGAUAAAAAUGAAAAAAUAUUAUAUUGUUUAAUGUGAAGAAAAAAAAACACAAAAAAAAACACUGUGCUGAUGAUGUUGAACUUCCUGAACGCUCUGACGCUCAACAUAAAGAACAAAAAAGCGUGUUUGAAGUGUAGCCGAAAAACCUCUGUACUGUACUGUAUGUCGGCAUCCUGCUAAAUGUAACCAAUCAUAGACCUUUCAGAGCUGUCGUACAAUUAUCUUAGAAUGAAUUUAGGACAAAAAGAUAAUGAUAAUCACCCCGGUACUCCUACUCAGCGACGUAGUACUUUGGAUUCGACAUAGCUGUUAAAUAUACGUAGUUAAUUCAGAUGCGGCCUGUGCAGCUGGAAUAAAAAUCUCAUUCUUAUAACAAAGGUUGAGAUUUUUUUAUUUUUUUGGUCACGUGCAGAGCCGAUCUGUUAGAACACUGAACUCGCGUUUUGUUGAACUGAAGCAACGACGGAUGAUUGGUGCCAUUUAGCUCCUGGUGACUCAUUCGUUCGGUAACAUUUCCCUCCGGUCAGGACGGGGACGUUGUUACCUUCUGGGUGAAUGUUAAAGCGACCGGUGCAACAGUCACUACAGUAUUAUCUACAGAGGCCCACCAGUCCCAUCUCCCACCAUGCAUCUGUUUUAAAUUACCACCACACCACAGGUCUUUCAGCUCGAAAGGCAAAACUCCUCCCGUCAUUGUUUGGCUGCUGGGGUCUAGUUGCAUCUUUUAAUAAUAAAAAAAAAACAAAAAAAAACAAAAAUGGAGCAAAACUUGUAUUUUCCAGAUCUUCAUCUCUGUGGUGAAUUUGUCCUGCAGUAAUUCAUUAUUGCAUGCAGAGCAUGCAGUAAAAGGUGGGGCGUCUUAUGAUGAUAGGUAGUACUGAAAUGACGUGUUGUGCUGAGUGUUACCUUGUACUAAUGUUGAGAAGAGAGCAGGGAGUGUGUUUUAUGUGUGCUUUGAGCCACAAUGCUUUUUUUUUUUUUUUUUUUUUGGUUCUGUACCGUUAACCUCAAACACAUGUGCAAGCUGUUUGUACAGUACAUAACAAUGCUAAGAUGAACCAAGAAACUUAGUUUGCUUCUUUCCAAAACCAAUAAAAGUUAUAACUGGA